GGCAGACGUUAGCAGCAGCAGCAGCAGCAGCUCGUGGCCGUUAACUGACGAAGACCGUUACUUUCUUCAGCUCAUGCUCGCUAACAACGACAUGACACAAGAUGGCGCUGUCAAUCCACCGUCUUCACUGGCCUCACCUGCCCUUCCUGUUCGCCUCAGGAGAGAUGAGGUUUCUUUGAAGGAACUUAGACGAUGUUCCUGUCGCUGAAUCAACUUGACAUUUGCAUCUGGUCUGGGGGGGGCUGUAGCUGAUCCCAAACUUCAGGAGAGAGGCGGACAAGUCGCCAGGUCAUCACAGCGCUCAUAGAAGCAAGCAACCAUUCACACAUACAGCUCAGGAAAUGAUAGUGAUGGGACCCAGUCUGCUGGAAGCCGUUUGGUCAGAGAGGAUUUUGUAUUAAUGAGAAGGAGAACACUUGCUGGAAGUUUCCGAGGGUGUUUUUUUUGAAUGUUUGCAGUGGGAUGGGACUCGGUCACUUCCUGUGUUUGCUGCUCUGUGCAGCUGCCCUCACAGCUUCUGGACUUUCUGGUAACGAUGAGGGCCACGAGGCAUACAGCUGGACCAGGCAGAGUCUCCCGGUGCUGCUGGACGCACACACAGAGCCUUUAAACACUCCGUCGUUCAGAGGGCAGGAGGAGGAUGAGGAGAGAGGAGGGACAAAGACACUCUGUGGAAUAGAGUGUCAAAGCAGCCGACCGCCUAUGGAGCAGACUGAGCAAGAGAGGGUUCUGGGAUAUGAGACACUGUAUGAGAAUGGCACCUGCACACAUACAGAUGUUAGUUUGCAGGGUUUUAACAAGACAUCUGCAGGAACACCAGCAAACUCACCAGCCCGUACACGCAUGAAACGUCAGGUUUAUGGAACAGAUGGACGCUUUGUGAUCUCUGACUCACAUUUCAUCACCAACUACCCUUUUUCUACCGCUGUCCGUCUCUCCACAGGCUGCUCUGGAGUCCUGAUAUCCCCAAAACAUGUGCUAACAGCAGCACACUGCAUCCAUGAUGGGAAGGACUACCUGGAGAGUGCAAGAAAGGUUAGAGUAGGAGUGUUACAGCUUAAGAAUAAAAGAAGAAGAGGGGGUAGGAGGAGGGGAGGACGGAGGAGGGGUGGGAGGAGAGGUGAGGAGCAGGUAGUGGAGGAAGAUGAGGAGCAGAAUAGUCUAGAUGGAGGUGUGGUGAGGGAAAGGAAGGGAGGCAAAGGCAGGAGGCGCAGGGGAAGAAAAGAGGGUGAGGAGGGAAGGGCUGAUGGGAAUAUAAUAGAGUCAGAGAGAGGAGGGAAACAAAAACAUCUCAACCGUAUUCGUCGUAGUGCUGAACCCAAGAAGCCUGUCUUUCGUUGGGCACGAGUUAAACAAACCCAAAUCCCUCUAGGUUGGAUCCAAACCAAGAGCUCCACCAACCCAGUGUCCACUGACUAUGACUACGCUGUUCUGGAGCUGAAACGACCCCUCAAGCAAAAGUACAUGGACCUCGGGGUAGCGCCCUCAGCUGCUCCCCUGGGACUUAUCCACUUCUCAGGCUAUGACACUGACAAAAGUGUGCCAGAGCAUGGACAAGAAAAGGUGGUUUACCGCUUUUGUUCAGUGGCAAACGAGUCUAAGGACUUGAUGUACCAGUACUGUGACGCACAGGCGGGCGCUACAGGUGCAGGUAUUUACAUUCGUCGGAGGCAGGAAGUGGGAAAUGCAGGCAGGAAAGGGAAGUGGCAGCGGAGGGUGAUUGGGGUGUUUUUAGGCCAUCGGUGGGUGGAGUUGGAGGGAGGUGAACAGAGGGAGUUUAAUGUUGCAGUGAGGAUUACUCCAACUAAAUACGCUCAGAUCUGUCACUGGAUCCAUGGAGAUCCAAGUCUCUGUAAAGAGGUUUGACUGCAAAGUUAUGGACGAACCUGCAAGAGAUAAAUAUCCAUGGUCACUUUGAAAGAGACUCAAAGAUCUGGGCCUGUAUGUAUAAAACUUCUAAAAAAAUAAUCUUAAAAAUGGUCCUGAACUUUGACUUAUGAGAUGAAUUUCUUUUUUAAAUGUUGGAUGUAGAAGCUGUGUACAAAGACGCACUUUUAGCAAAGUAUGCGUCUGAAUCCAAAGUGUAGACUGCAGUGGACUACAACCAUGUCUACCCCAAAAUGCCUUUAUUUAAUCACUUAAACAACCAAUAGCAGGCCUCCAAAGGUUACGUGUCAUGGUUGCGUUACAGCUACAUGCACAUUUUACUGUGAUUAGGCCUUCCUGUCAUUCAUUUUGUCAAACAUUAUAAAUGCAUCAUUACAUAGCAACAUGCAAGAAGAAAGGUUAUAGAAGAUAUUUGCCCUACAAUCACAAUACUCAUAAAUGCCAUCUGGGUUCUGUUCAAAAUAAUACGCAUGUAGACAUAUUAAGUACACGUUUAAUUAUUUCUUUUGUUCCAGAACAAAUAGGACAGGUCAACCUAAAGAUAAAACAUUUCCUUAAACAAGUUCUUCACUAUUUUCAUGUUGCUGUAACUUUAUGCCUCAAUGCGGAACCAGAAAUAUUGUAUUUCUUUACUCCACAUGUUCUUCUUCCUUUUCAAAAUGCAGCAGCUGCAUUACCCAUUACACAUUUGGGUGUGUUAUGUUAGUUUAGCCUUGAGCAGAGACGAAGAGUGAGCUACAGACACCUGGUAAACUCACUUCUUUCUAACUCCACAGCCCCAGACGACACUGACUCAAGUGACAUCACUUGAGGACAUUUGUUAGACUCCACACAGCUGCCUCUAGAGACACAAAAAGUUUUGUACAACUUACAACAUUUUCUUUUUUUCCAUGUGUACUACUCUAACUCCUGUAAACAGAUUACAGAGUGUAAAAUUUGUGCGGUUCCCCUUCAAAAAGUUUCCUGCCAAGUUUAUAUGUUUAGAAUCAGUUUUAUUUUAAUGUCUGUCAUCCAUUGUCGUUUGAAAUAACACACGAUUCAUGUAUCUCACUGCUCAGCUAGUAUAACUAUUAUUGCACUUUGUGUAUUUGUUAUAAACAAGGGUGAUACAAACAUUAGGAAGACUCUCACUAUCGUGUGAAUGUUUGAUUUUAUUUAUGCUGUCAGGAACUUUUUCAUAUUGUAUAAGAGUUAGGACACAUGUUUCUUUGACUUAUUUAUCAUCAUGCAUUUACAACAUGUGAAAUAUGAAGUGUGUCGACACUGGUCAGUCCUGACUAACUUCAGACACCUGAGAGCAAGUCUCAACACUUAGUAAUGUUUAUGCAUGGCACUUACAUGUAAGAAUAAGAGAGAAAUUAUGUGUAAUGUUUGUAAGUUUGAUGCAUUUAAGACCAAAGAUUCACACGGUUUUAUACAUACCAGUCCAGAAAUGAUGAUCUGAGACCAGGUCACCUCUUCAAGUGAUAGUUUCUCAGGCACACAUGUCCUUCAGUUUUACCAUCUCAUUUAGAGAUUGUAGGAAAUCACAUGCAACACUAAAAACAUAACAAAAUAUCUCAAUUUGAGAUUAACCUUUUUUAAACACCACUGUUGUUUGUCUGUCUCUGAAACACCUAAUUUAUGUAUCUCUGUAAUUCAAAGGAAGAGGCAACACCUGAUGAUCUUCCUGUGUUGCUCAAUGUAAACAUUUAACUUUUGUAUAGAAGCAUAUGUAAGUAAAACUGGUGCUAGUCUGUUAAAGGAAAUACUGUGUCUGCACAACAUAUGUGUAUGUGUAUUUUCCGAUGUUUAAAAGUGACUAAUUUCGUCUGGUGCUGAAUUUAAUUUUCAUGCCACAAACACAUCUUCUCGUCAACAGAAUGAUUCAUGCUGAGCACAAAAUAAAAAUGUUCAAACAAGCUGACAGAAGCAGAACAGAGAUAAGUGAUGAGCCGUGAGGGUAGUUUGGAUCAGUGUAUUUGUCUUUUAUUGCAUCUCAUUUGGACUCACAUGCAGGUGGGGUUGAGGGAGGGAGGACGAUGCCAUCCAUAAUAACCCAAAAGAAAAACAACACAGCCUUCAUAUGAAUACUUAGCAAACAUUAUUUAUCCACAUUCUUUUUGUUUUUAUGUGUCAUAUUCAUCUUUAUUUUUCUUUCAACACUUUGUUAAUGCCACAAUGGAUUAAGAUACAGUCACUUUUGGAAAGAAACAACACACAGAACAUCCAGCGUAUACUUGAGUGCUUUACAGUGAGAGUCCUCAAGACUUCCAGUGACAGUACACGAAGAAAUGUACUGACCGCUGCUGCGUCACAAAUGACCCAAAGAAGACUGAGGCCACAUUCCAAUCACAUACACAAAUGCUUCCUUGUCUCUUGGAUUUCCACCCUAAUAUUAAAUCAUCUUGUGUGUGUGUAGCGAUUGAGACAAGGAAAGGAGCUCUCUGAGAGAAUGCAUCCCAGAUAGACCUGUGUCGCAUGCUACGAUGCAGUAUCACUCCACACCAGCAGAGGGCGAAACAGUAAACACUCAGGGCAAAGUUUCCGUUCAAUACUGCCUCUGAUUACAGAUUGAGAGGUAUGUACAAAGAAGGCGGGAAAGUUUUUAAGUCUACUUGCCUUUUUUUUUUGCAACCAUAGAAUUUGACGUAACUAAAAAUAUAUGAUACAUUUUUGUCUUUCAAAAUAAAGAUUAAAGAAAAUAUGUAUAAUCUAUCAUUUAAAAUAGUCUAAAAUGCAUAUGUCAAUUCGAACACAGUUCACUUUUUUUUUUUUUGCAUGUUUCAUACAAUCCCUAAAAAAGAAAAAAAGACAAAGUAAAAAUGAAAGUGAACACAGUUUGAUGUGUUCGAUGAUACGUCCAGAUUUGCAGUGCAAGUUUUUCUCAGGUACAUUUUGAUCAAGAAUUGUUCUCCAAAAACUUGAAGUAGACAGGUGGGAGGAUGGAUGGCUGAGCAGAUAUAGGAACAACCAAGUUUUUAAUGACAUAAACAUAGCUCAGUAUUAGUCUGGACAACAGGAGUGGGAGUGGGGCUUGGCCAGUGAAGUUACACACACCGAACACAGUCCACAUUUAACAACAUAGUCCUCGUCUGGGAGAUGCGCAAAGAAACCAACAUAUAUCCACCAUUCCAAGUCAGCUGAUACGCGGAAAUCCAGAAUGAAUCUAAAUACACAUUUAUUAUUUUUUUUGUUCAUUUUUCCAUAGUAUAUUAAGUAAAGGUUAACACUGAAUUACACGCACACCCACACACACAUAAACAGAAUUUCGUUUUUCUGUAUCUAGGGUUCACAUUCACAGUUGUGCUACAACAUUAGAUAAGGAGGGCAGAGGGGUUUUUUUUAGGGGGGGUCGCGGCUGGUAGGAGGUCACAGGGUAAAGAUUGAAGAUGUAAUGGCUGGUUGGCUGAAGGGGCUGGGGCAUGACUGAGGGGAAGGCAGUAGGGAAGUGCAGACAUCCACAUCCACAGAGCUCCA